GAAGAAUUUUUUAUAAAUUGUAACUAUUAUUAGUCUUUCGCUUCAUACCGUUAUUGAUCAAUGAUCAUUAGUUGUUGUUGUUAUAAAUUUGGAUUACUAAAGACUAUUUUAAUAAAGUUUAGCUUAUCUUCUUAAGUAUUUUCGCUUAUAUAUACAGGCAACGGUCCUAAAAAUUUUCUCGAAGUACCUAAUAAAGUACAUCAUUUUUGAAAGUAGGUACGCAUUAUUCAUAAACUGAUCUAUCGCUAGUAUUUCAUUCACCACAAACAUAUACAAUGGUUAUGAAUGUUAAAUCUAUUCAUAGUGUUUACUAAUUCGCUUCUUGAAACUCGUACAAUAAUAAUAAUUAAUAAGAAUUAAGAAACUUGGUAAAUCGUAGUUAGCUAAUUAUGAAACUUUGCCUGGACGAAACGUGUCGAGUGAACUUUCCAGGCGAUGUCAUUUAUGGAAUACUCUGCAUACGAGAAUGCUUCGAUUUCAGUCUUGAGCCCAGGAUUAGGGUCAGUGGAUUCACGCGUACAUGGAAACUAGGUCUUGCAAAUACUGUUGUGACCGAUGAUGAAACCGAUGAAUACUCUUUGUUUUACAAUGGAAUGGCAGUAUUGAGUAAGGAAGAUAAUUCACAUAUUAUGACUGAUAUGACUUUGAUUGAAGAGUUAGAAGGUUAUUCCAAAAUAUUUAAGUUCCACAUUGAUUUACCAAGCAAUUUACCACCAUCACAUGAAGUUCCAUUUGGUCAUACAAGAUAUAAACUCGAAGCACAUUAUAAUGGUUUAACCACUUUAGAUUAUUUUAGUGUUAACCAAUGGGUGGGUUUGAACAAACGUAAUGACACUAUUGUUAAACGUGCAACAUUUUCUGUGCCAUUGUAUGCAUUUUGUCAAUCAAUUGAAAUGAUAUUAAAUUUAAACCAGUCAUAUUAUUUACCUGGCGAAACUGUUUUUGUAAUAGCUAUGAUACAAAACAAUUCUAGGACAGAUAUUAUUUUCUCAAAAAUAGUCAUUGUUCAGAUUACUAAGUAUUGGAAAACUCUUCAGCUAUUACCAAUAAAACACGUCAGAAUAAUUGCAGAAGGAAUAAGAGGAUAUAUAUCUAGUGGAAAUAAACAAAUAUGGGAUAGUCAUCCUUUAAAUUUACCAGCAAUUAUUCCAACUACAAAUUUAUCCAAUAAUCCAUUUAACUAUUUUGAAGUCAAGUAUAAAAUUAAGAUGCUUAUUGCAUUGAAAAACUCGAGUAAGAGAAAAGUGUUAAAACAAGAUUUGUUUAUUGGUAAUUGGGAUAAAAGUGUCGCUACUAAUGGUAAACAGUUUAUAGAUAUUGUACAAAAUGACUCGAUUUAUGUUGGCGUUAAAGAUUGUUCUCUAAUUAAAAUGGAAAACAAUGACAUAGAUUUCAUACCAAAGUAUAUGAUUUAUGAGAAAAGUCAAGUAUAAAAUAAAAUAAAUUUGUUAAAUAUAUUGUAUAUUAUUUAUAAUAGAAAGACACUA